AUGAACCAAAAAAUUCCAAAUAUCAACUUUAUGUAUUUAAAUGAAACAACCAGUGCUAACAAGAGCACAGCAACCAUUAUAGACUAUAAAGAAAAGUACUGUGUAGGAGACAUCAUAACUGUUCAAGUUGAAAUGUUCAAUUAUUUGGGUAAAAAGAAGACCUAUGGAGGAGACUUUUUAAGGGCCCGAAUUUUUUCCCCAAAACUUGGUGCUGGAGCUUCUGGAAACAUUGAAGAUUUUAAUAAUGGGACUUAUAAUGUCUAUUUCACUCUGUUUUGGGAAGGUCCUGUACAGAUAUCCAUCCUUUUGAUGCAUCCAAGUGAAGCCGUGUCUGCUUUAUGGAAAGCAAGGAAUUCUGGAUACAAAUAUAUUAGUUACACAGGAAAAUUCCUCAAUAAAAGUCAAGAAGUUCAAACACAAUGUGGAUUUCAUAUAGAUUCACAAACCGAAAUAUGUGCAUAUGAGGACAAGAAAUAUGAAGAACUCUUCUACUGUAUCAAACCACCAGGUGUAGCUUGUGAGGCUUUUAUUUCAUUAAGGAGCAUGAGCACACCUUACAGGAAUCUCACCAAUGUGGAGAAGAAUCUUUUUGUUAGGUCCAAGAUUGGAGAAGUUAUUUUCAAACAGACUGAAAAUAUUGAUGUUUUGAAAUGUAUGGGAACUUCUAUGAAUGUGAAGCCAAAAUGCCAGACUGGGAUGCCCGUGCCUUUUCCUAGCGGCUACUACCUGAAAAAUCAUUGGUAUCCUCUGUUUUGCAAUGUAUCUACAGAUGAACCCUUAUCUCACAUUCACACAUGUCUAGCUGGCAAAAUGAUAUAUCUGAUGGGGGAUUCAACAGUUCGACAGUGGAUAGAGUACUUCCCAAAACUCCUGAAGACUCUGAAGUUUUUUGACACUCAUGGAAGCGGCUGGCAUAAAACAUUCAUAGCUUUAGAUGUAACAAAUAACAUUUAUAUACAGUGGAAGAAGCAUGGACACCCAUUUGUUACUUACAGCUACUUCUCUAUGAAAGACGAUGCCUAUGUAACAAGACAAAUCAACCGACUUGGUGGUGGCUCUAACACAGUUAUUGUCAUUGCUCUAGGACAGCAUUUCAGACCCUUCCCUAUUGCUCUGUUUAUCAGAAGACUGAUCAAUGUACGCAAGGCUAUAGAAAAUCUGUUCUUGAGAAGCCCAGAUACAAAGGUCAUCAUUAAGUCAGAAAACACCAGAGAAAUAAAUACAGAUGUUGAGCGAUUCAGUGAUUUUCAUGGAUAUAUACAAUAUCUUUUAGCAAAGGAUAUCUUCAAAGGACUUAAUGUUGGGGUAAUUGAUGCAUGGGACAUGACAACAGCCAUUGGAUCCUAUAGCGUUCACCCAUCAGAGACAGUGAUUAGGAAUCAAAUAAAUAUGUUCCUGUCUUAUAUUUGCUAA